AUGGGUUGCACAAAUACGAAAGUUCAUGGCAUAGCAUCAGAUUGGCACACAUUCGAUCAAUUACCCGUGGAAAUCCUCUAUAGAAUCUUAGAUGAAUUGGAUAUCUCCACGAUAUUUCAAUCUGUGUAUCACGUGUGUAAACGACUUGACGAGAUUUUAUAUUUAUAUGAUGAUUAUCAUUUAAAUUUGAAACUGAUCACGUUAAAACAUUUACAUUUGAUUUCAUUACGAAUUCGUCCACAACAGAUUACCAAAUUAACUCUUAUCGAUGAUGAGACAAAUCCCGGAUUACUCGAACUAUUCCUUACGAAAUACUCAAUGAAUUCUUUAACGCGCCUUCGCUCGUUAACACUCAUGCAAAUCAAUAGCGAAGAAACCAUCAAUCAAAUUUUAAUUCCAAUCGCUGAUGAAACUUCAUUACUGAAUUUCUCUUCUAUAACCCUAAUUAACGCUGAUGAAACAUACAGUGGUGUUACUAUCGAAUUACUCAUGGCAGUUUUAACCAAACCUUCACUUCGGAAAGCUUAUCUCGAUAUAUCGUAUAGUCGGACAACAUCAACUCCAUUACCUUGGCUAACGCAGAGUUCCGUAAGACAUUUAACAUUGAUAGGUACUUGUGCAGUCAGUUUUCUUCGGAAUGUGUUUAUUCACACACCGCAAUUGGAAACGUUGAUAACUGAUGAUUGUGAAUUUUACUCCGAAAACGCGUUAGAUGGCAGUUCAGAUGAAAACGAUGAUGAUGAUGAUGAUGAUACGGAUGAUUCCGAGGAAGUUGAAAUCGAAUUGAAUGCAAAUGUAAAUAAUGAAGAAAAUCCGGUGAUAAAAAAAGAAAAAUUCGCUACGAUUCAAUCGACUGAUUGUUUGAAAUUUUUAUCGCUGACAUCUUUAUCAUUUACCAUGUCGAAACUCCAAUGGCUAUUAGAUGAUAUUCCAACAUUAAAACAAUUUCAUCUCAUCACAAUGCCGGGUUACGAUGAUGAAUCGAUUUUAGAUGGUUCGCGUUGGGAAAAGUUCAUUUCGAACCUUGAGAAGUUUCAAUUUGUUUUUUCUGUGAGUAUAUCCGAUUCUCCAUCAUGGAAUAUCGACACAUGUCUAUCCUCAUUUGGAAGUUCGUUCUGGACUGACAAACAAUGGUUUAUUUCAAUUGAGAAAUAUGAUGAUAUGAUUUUACUUUAUUCAUUACCCUAUCUCGAUAAAAACUAUGUGUUCCUCAAUGCACCACCUUCGUUCGAAUAUCGUUCAACUGUGAAAACGAAUUCAAUGUUACAAAUUGAAGCGAUGAAAAACGUUCGUAAUUUGUACAUUGACACAUCAGAACCAGUUCGGAAUCCUAUAGAAAAUCUGCGUCAUCCUCGUUUUUGUCAUAUUACGAAUAUGAUUCUACACGGUAAAUGGACAAAAUCAGACUCGUUCUUUACUGGUAUUCAAACUGUUGUCGAUCUCUCAGUUGUGAAAGAAUUGAAUAGAACUGAACGUAUUCCAACAGCUGACGCAAUUACCUUGUUGAACCUUCUUUCAAAUCUGCAAUGUUUACGAACUAAUACAACUUUUCUGGACGCUUUGAAUGCUGCGAAGUUCUCUUAUUCGAAAUGUCUUCAAUAUUUUAUCAUUGAUUCCGAACACAACGAAGAUGAUCGUCCGGUGAAUAUCGAACCAUUUUGUACCAUGUUCCCUCGUAUUCAACAUUUGAAUAUUCCAGUUGACAGUGUGGAAAGUUGCAAAUACGUUCUUGAACAGUUAAAAGACGAUCUCGUCAGUGUUGUUUUCCAAAUACCUGACCGUGAUGGUCUCGAUGAUUCUGACGAUAGUGAUGACGACGAUGAUACGGUCGGUGGCGAGGACAACUCAACUGUUGUCGCAUUUGCAGAAUGGAUUAAAGACUUACCAAAAGAAUAUCAUUCUUUUAAGAGACAACGAUACAUCUACCUAUUUACCGAUCAUCAUCAUCAUAUUGUUCUCAUUUACUUUUCAUCUCUAUUUCAAAAGAUAUUUCGUCGUAUUUGUACAUCUAAACCAAUGCUUAACCAAAUUUAUUUUCUGCUUUUCGUCUUGAUUGGUAUAUCAACAGCGUUAAACAUCGAAGAUAAUUCCAUUGAUGAUGUUGAAUUGACAAGUGAUAUGCCAAAUGUUUGUUCAAAAAUCGAGACACGUAUUGUAACAAAAUUAGUUCCAUGUCUGAAAAGUUACGAACAUCUUGUUAAAAUUUGGUCACGAAAUUGUUCCAAUGGUCGUCGUGUAUGUCCUGUCUAUGAGCACAGAACGGAGUACUAUCGAAGUGAACAAAAAGUCACAAAAGAAGUCAAUGUAACGAUUUAUCAUUGUUGUCUUGGAUGGACGCGACUUGUUUAUGAUUACGGUUGUCCGAUCGCAAUGCAACCAAAUCGAGUACAACGCAAAAUCCCAGUUCGUCAUCAAUUAGCCAUGAUGAAUAAUCGUUGUCCGCAUAACCGUUUUGGUAUGCAUUGUGAAUACUCGUGUUCUCAAUGUAUCUACGGCACGUGCAAUUGGCGUAUGAAAACAUGCGAUUGUCAAAUCGGCUUUUCUGGAAUGUUUUGUAAUGAAACAACAAUGAUUGAACGGAUUGAUCAAACACAUCGAUGUCAAUUAUGUCACAAAGGAAAUACGGCUUCGUGUCAUAUGGAAACUGGCAAGUGUCAAUGUUUACCUGGUCAUCAGGGAAUUCGUUGUGAAGAAGAUUGUCCAGUGAAUUACUAUGGCCGGGGUUGUGUACAUCGUUGUUUAUGUCAAAAUGGAGGCAAAUGUGAUUCGCGUGAUGGACAUUGUUUUUGUUUGCCGGGAUUUACUGGUAGUCGAUGUGAAUCCGUGUGUCCACAAGGCACGUUCGGACAUAUGUGUUUACAAAAAUGUCAAUGUGGAAGUGAAAAUAUUUGUAAUCCUCGAACAGGUAAUAACAGAAGAAAUCAAGUGAAAUUAAUCUUAUCGAUCAUUCAAUUUAAAGGUGAAUGCAAUGGAUUAUUCUGUCGUGGCGAUCCAAAAUGUUUAGCAGAACAAGAAAGGAAAUUUACAUAUGUAACCUUAUGCCCGGAAGGUUAUUACGGUCCACCACGAUGUCGACAGAAGUGUAUGUGUGUGAACAAUGCUCAGUGUGAUCCAUUGUCAGGUCGUUGUCUUUGCCAUUCGGGUCAUAUCGGACGAUAUUGUGAAAAAUCUUGUGAACGUGGAUGGUAUGGUCCCGGAUGUAUUCAUCGAUGUGAAUGUCAUGAUGAAGGGCCAUGUGAUACUCGAACAGGCGAAUGCAUUUGUCGAAUGGGUAUGACUGGAAAACUUUGCGAUCAAGAAUGUCCGGAAGGAAGAUAUGGUCAGAAUUGUACAGAAAUAUGUCAAUGUAAAAAUGGUGCGCGAUGUAAUAAAGUAACGGGCUGUUGUUCGUGUCCAGUUGGGUAUUAUGGUUCAACAUGUCAAUUUCAAUGUCGACCAUUUACCUAUGGAUUCUAUUGCUCAGAGACAUGUAAUUGUUCCACAGAAACAUCCGAUGGUUGCGAUAGUAAAACGGGUAAAUGUCGUUGUAAAUCUGGUUUCUAUGGUGACCGAUGUGAAAAGUCUUGUCCAUCGGGACAAUGGGGAGAAGAAUGUAUUAAUCAAUGUGAUUGUAAUGGCAGCUCAUGUGACUCUCAAACAGGUACAUGUAUCUGUUCACCAGGUCGAACUGGUCUUCAAUGUGAACAAGAAUGCCCAACGAAUACAUUCGGAGUUGCUUGUAAACCUUGUUUAUGCCAGUCUUUUGAACUAUGUGACGUUGUCACAGGAGAGUGUCAAUGUCCGACAGGCUGGAAAGGUGAUGCAUGUCAAUUUCCAGCAACAGCAAACGGGCCCGAUAUACCGGAAAGAGGCGAUAUGUACAAAAAAGAUAGUUAA